AUGCGGAGGACAGAGCCCGCUGGAGGGGCCCCCCGCGGCAGCUGGGGCCCCCUGCUGCUGCCGCGCUUGCUGCUGCUGCUGCUGCUGCUGCUGCUCUGCUGCAGCAGCAGCUUGCUGCUGCCCGUCGCCGCCGACUUGCCUAUUCAUGCAACAAUUAAAGACAUGAAAGGCCGCUGGACCUUUUUGCUCACUCCGCCAGUGACCGGAGCCAUUCAUUCUUGUGGCUCGGGGGCCCCCAACAAAAACACAGAAAAUCUGGAGGCCCCUGUGGCGGACUCGACGACUUAUUUGAGUCGGCACGGAGGUGUAUCGACAUCUCUGGAGCUGGAACUGAGCGACGAAACUGUUCCUUUUAAUUUUAUUUAUGACACAAAAGAUAAUUUGCAUCGAAAUGAAUGGAAAAUGUUGGCAGUGAAGGACAAAGAAGGGAAAGUUGUGGGGGGCUGGACUGCGGUGUACGACGAGGGACUCGAAGUCCACCUCACAAACAAAACUCGACUUUUCGCCAUUUUAAAAUAUUCUGUAAAACAAAAUUGUCCAGAGGCCAAAGACGGAGACCUCGAGGACUCCAAUGGAGAGACUGUUUGCUACUCUACAGAUCCUUCUAAAACUCAAUUGGGGUGGUACUCUUCAACUGCAGCAGAUGGCUCUGUUGCUUCUGGUUGUUUUUAUGGAGAAAAAGAAGAAAAGAGUUCUGCUGCUGCUGCUGCUGCCUUUGUGGUUUUGCACCAGAGAGCAGCAGCAGCGCAGCAGCAGCAAGCAGCAGCAGCAGCAGCAGCAGCGGGGGGGGCGCAGGGUGUACGUACACCCGAGCUGAGCUACUUCCUCAGCGAAGAAUUCGUGCUGCAGCACAACAGCAAAAAGAGUUCUUGGAUUGCUGCAGUUAAUUCUUCUUUUGCAAAUCAAAAUAAAAACUUCCUCAAUUCCCUUUUGAAACAAUUCCAAUCUUCUCCCCGCCUCCUGGGCAGCAGCGAAGGGGGUCCUGUGUUUCUGGAGGAAGCUGCAGGAGACGCUGCUGCUUCUCAAGCUUUUGCAUGCCCUUGUAAAGAAGGCGAAAAGCCCCUCGACACCCGCAGCAAAUCUGCUGCUGCUGCUGCUGCUGUUUUAUCCCCCGUCAGCUUUUCCCAAGAAAAAAGCACAGCAAAGACCAAAACAGUGCCCGUCAAAGCCCACUCCCAGCAGCAGCAGCAGCAGCAGCUGCUGCUGCUGCAGCAGCAGCAGCAGCAGCAGGAAGAGCUGCCUGCGUUCUUCUCGUGGCCAAGUCCCUUCACAGAUCCCAACUACGAAGAAGCAGCAGCAAACCAAGGCGGCUGCGGCAGCUGCUACGCAAUUGCUGCUCUUUUCGCGCUGCAGCAGCGCUUCCAGAUUGCUGCAGCAAAACUCCAAGGACGCAGCCUCGCCACCACUACGCCCCCCCAGGACCCUGCAGCAAUGCUGCAGCAGCAGCAGCAGCAGCAGCAGCAGCAGCAGCAGCAGCAGCAGCAGCAGCAGCAGCAGCUGCAGCAGCAGCAGCAGCAGCAGGAGGAGCAGCAGCAGCAGCAGCAGCAGGAAGCAGUAGUGAAGCUGUCGCCUCAGUCUGUUUUGUCUUGUUCAUUUUAUAAUCAAGGAUGCCACGGAGGCCUUCCGUACUUAGUCGGAAAACAUGCUGCUGAAAUAGGCAUCUUGGACGAAGAGUGCAUGCCGUACACGGCAAUGGACUUGUCUUCUUGUCCCGUUUUGAAUCGAAAUAAAAACGAAAAAGAUUUUCUAAAAAGUGAAAAAGACUUCCUAAAAAGUGAAAAAGAUUUUCCAAAAAGUGAAAACAACACAAGUGGAGAAGACAGCAGUUCAAGUGCAGCUUUUUUGUUUUCGGGGGAGGCCACGGGCACUUGCCACCAGGGGGAGAACAGAUGGUUCGCCAAAGGCUACGGCUACGUGGGGGGCUGCUACGAGUGUCUGUCUUGUGCUGCAGAAGAAAAAAUAAUGAAAGAAAUAAUGACCAAUGGUCCAGUUGCAGCAGCUCUUGACGCCCCGCCUUCGUUGUUUGCCUACAGUUCAGGUGUAUAUACAACUCGGGGGGCCCCACACGCCCGCGUCUGCGACUCUCCCGGCGCCCCCAGCAGCAGCAGCAGCAGCAGCAGCAGCAGCAGCAGCAGCAGCAGCAGCAGCAGCGGGAGCGCGCUGAGCGGGUGGGAGUACACGAACCACGCAGUGACGAUUGUGGGGUGGGGGGAGACGGGAUCGGGAUCGGGAUCGGAUCCCCAGAAGUACUGGAUCGUCCGCAACACUUGGGGGCCCCAGUGGGGACUUAAGGGAUUUUUUCUUUUGGAAAGAGGCAGCAAUUCCGGAGGCAUUGAAAACCAAACUUCCUUCAUAGACCCCGACCUCACCCGCGGCAAGGGGCUCGCCCUCGCCUCCGCUUCCGGCUAG